CUCUUUAUUUUUGUGCUGUGGCUUCAGAACUGCUGCUGGCUACAGACUGUGCCUUCUGGGCAGGGAGGACGUGCUUGGACAAGUUCACCAGUCAGACUGAGAGGAGCUGCUGAGUGAGUGUGUCUGUGUGUGCAGACUCUGCUUGCUGUUGGAAGAUGGGAGAGAUAGAAGGAACCUACAGAGUUCUGCAGACUCCAGGCUCUCGUUUGGGUGCCCAGAAGAGCUCAGGAGUGAGCACCUUGGAGCCAGGGCAGAGCCUCGUGCCUGCCAUGGCCUCAUCGCCCGCCAAGGCGCACGAGCGCGACCUCCCCGUCAAAAUCAAGAUGUUGGACAACACAGUGGAAGUCCUUGACAUUGAGUCAAAAUGUUACGGCCAGACGUUAUUGACAGAAGUUUACAAGCAUCUGAAUUUGAUUGAAUCUGACUACUUUGGAAUUGAGUUCCAGAAUAUCCAGUCAUAUUGGAUUUGGCUGGAACCUAUGAAACCUGUUAUUAAACAAGUACGGAGACCAAAGACUACAAUGCUUCGUCUGGCUGUAAAGUUUUUCCCUCCUGACCCUGGUCAGCUGCAAGAGGAAUAUACCAGGUACCUGUUUGCAUUGCAAAUCAAGAGGGACCUGGCAGAGGAGAGGCUGACCUGCAGUGACAACACAGCUGCUCUGCUGGUCUCCCACCUGCUGCAGUCUGAAAUAGGAGAUUUUGAUGAAUCAGAAGACAGAGAACACCUUAAAACAAACCAGUAUUUGCCAAACCAGGAAAAACUUGAAGGAAAGAUCCUGGACUUCCACAGGAAGCAUGUGGGUCAAACUCCUGCUGAAUCUGACUUUCAAGUGCUUGAAAUUGCCAGGAAACUGGAGAUGUAUGGCAUCAGAUUCCACCUUGCCUCCGACCGUGAGGGCACCAAAAUCAACCUGGCAGUUUCACACAUGGGUGUGCUGGUGUUCCAGGGUAACACAAAAAUCAAUACCUUCAACUGGUCCAAGGUCCGUAAGCUGAGCUUCAAGAGGAAAAGAUUCCUUAUUAAGCUGCACCCAGAGGGCCCAUAUCAGGAUACAUUGGAGUUUCUUUUGGGAAGUAGGGAUGAGUGUAAAAACUUCUGGAAAAUCUGUGUUGAGUAUCACACAUUCUUUAGGCUCUUCGACCAGCCAAAGCCAAAGGCUAAAGCAGUGUUCUUCAGCAGAGGCUCAUCUUUCAGAUACAGUGGACGAACACAGAAGCAGCUAGUGGAUUAUAUUAAGGACAGUGGGAUGAAGAGAACCCCAUAUGAAAGGAGGCACAGCAAGGUCAGAGCAUCCACUCGCACCUCCAACGCAGACGUGCCAAAGCAGAGUGUCCCAUUCUCUGAGGGCUUGAGAACUCCAGGGUCUCCAGCCUCAACAGCUGCCCCCUUCCACUCAGUUCACUCCUUGGCCAGUCCCGCUUCCAUCCUGCCCAUGUUUGCUGAACCCAGCCCUUCCUCCUUGGAGCCCCGAGCAUCGUACACAAGGAUUCCAGACAAAACCACUGCAGCCCCAGUGGAAGAAGUGGGGAGGAAGCUGAUGCAGCAGCCUGGAUCUCCCGUGCUCCAAGGCCUCCCUGUGGACCAUGGCCAGCUGUCCUCCCUUGUGCUGAAGAGUCCCCUGGGUUUGAGCCCAGGCUUUCAGGUGACUGCAGGCACCCAGGGCUCGUCCCCUCUGCUCAGCCCUGUGCUCAGCGAUGCUGGUGGCGCCAGGAUAGAAGAGGAUGAUGAAAUGAAAAGGAAGCGCUGCCCCACAGACAAGGCAUACUUCAUAGCAAAGGAGAUCCUGGCCACAGAACGCACCUAUUUAAAGGACCUGGAGGUCAUUACAGUGUGGUUCCGCAGUGCUGUGAUCAAGGAGAAUGCCAUGCCCGAGGGCCUGAUGACCCUGCUCUUCUCCAACAUUGACCCCAUCUAUGAGUUCCACAGAGGCUUCUUGAAGGAGAUUGAGCAGAGGCUCUCCCUCUGGGAGGGCAGGAGCAAUGCUCAUGUGAAGGGAGAUUUCCAGCGCAUUGGGGAUGUCAUGCUCAGGAACAUGCACGCUCUCAAGGAGUUCACGGGUUACCUGCAGAAACACGACGAGGUCCUGACGGAACUGGAGAAAGCAACCAAACGCCUCAAGAAGCUGGAGAUGGUUUAUAAGGAGUUUGAGCUGCAGAAGGUUUGCUACCUGCCCCUCAACACCUUUCUGCUCAAACCCAUCCAGAGACUGAUGCACUACAAGCUGAUCCUGGGGAGGCUGUGCAAGCACUACACAGCAGAGCACCGGGACUUCGCCGACUGCCGCAAUGCCCUGAAGGAAGUCACAGAAAUGACCUCCCAGCUGCAGCACAGCCUCAUCCGCCUGGAAAACUUCCAGAAGCUUACAGAGCUGCAGCAUGACCUGAUUGGGGUGGACAAUCUCACAGCACCUGGCAGGGAGUUCAUCCGGGAAGGUUGCUUGUACAAGCUCACUAAGAAGGGUUUACAGCAGAGGAUGUUCUUUCUGUUCUCAGAUAUGUUACUGUACACAAGCAAAGGGGUCACAGGGACAAAUCAGUUCAAAAUCCACGGACACCUCUCUCUGCAUGGCAUGUUGGUGGAGGAGAGUGAGAAUGAAUGGUCUGUCCCACACUGCUUCACAAUCUAUUCUGCACAGAAAACCAUAGUGGUGGCAGCCAGCACCCGCCUGGAGAUGGGCAAGUGGAUGGAAGACCUGAAUGUGGCCAUUGAGAUGGCCAAGAAAUCCACAGAGAAAUCCGAGAUGCUUCUGGAAAAUUCUGUCUGCAACCGCUCCAACAGAUCCUCAGAUGAGGUGUCAGUAGAGCAGGAGUCAGAAGAUGACAUUCACUCCUCCCGUAGCUCCCUGGACAGGCAGAGCCAGCCCCGUGCCAACACCACGGUGCACGUGUGCUGGUACCGCAGCACCAGCGUCUCCAUGGCCGACCACAGCGCGGCCGUCGAGAACCAACUCUCUGGGUAUCUGCUGAGGAAAUUCAAGAACAGCAAUGGCUGGCAGAAACUCUGGGUGGUCUUCACCAACUUCUGCUUGUUCUUCUACAAGACACACCAGGAUGAUUAUCCCCUGGCCAGCCUGCCCCUGCUGGGCUACACGGUCAGCUGCCCUGUGGAGGCAGAUGGCAUCCACAAGGAUUAUGUCUUCAAGCUGCAGUUCAAGUCCCACGUGUACUUCUUCAGGGCUGAGAGCAAAUACACCUUUGAGAGGUGGAUGGAGGUGAUCAAAAGAGCCACCAGCUCUCCAGCCAGGUCGAGCCUGCCUGUCCCCAAGGAGAAGGACACUCACACAGAGUGAUGUGGGGCAGAGCUGGAUCUCUGCUGGCAACACCAACAAAACAGGUGGGAGCAGGAGGCUCUGGAGUUGGCAAAGCAAAGAGCCAGGAUGCUCCUUCCCCCCAGAAUGGGAAGUGGGGCUGCAGCCAGGGAUCACAUCCAUUCCCAAAGGUGUGGAAGAGGGGCAAGUCUGUUCCAGCUGGACCUACUCAGAGAGAACCCAACGACUGCACCAUCAUGGAGGGGUUCUUGUUCCAUGGUACCUGUACAGUGACACCUUUGCCUGCCCUGAGGGCAGCUCCCACCUUCUUUUUCCACCUGGACUGGAUGCUCAGCACCCAGGGGAGGAACCCAGCAGCCUCCAGGGGUGCAGCUGGCUGGCAGCAGAGGGUGCUGGUGGGGCUGGCAGCACAGCCUGUCCUGCUGGCACAGCUGCCUCAGACAGACAGGGACCCACCACGUGCUGCCUCGCUCCCAGCUCGUUCUGAUCAGCCUCUGCAGCUCUCCCAGCACAGCUCUGCUCCUCAGGAGCUGCCAGGGCAGCAGCUUUCCAGGCAGGCUGAGUCUCUGUGGAGGUGUUGGUGGGUUGUGGAUCGGUGCAGGGGGGUGCAUGGUUUGUCCUCUGAACUCAAUCACUGUUCUCAUAUCACAGCUCCGGUUUCUGUAUCCCUUAGUAGGAGUUAAGUAAGGCAUGGGAUGGCAAACACUCUCCACUCUGGUGUGGGUGAUGUUUUCAAGGCAUUUAAGCACUGCAGGAGAGCAAGCCUCUGAAAGUCACUGUUGCUUGUGCUUUUGUCAUGGCAAGACUUGUGAAAAUCCCUCAUCUUCUAGUUCAGUUCGGGGUGGGACCCAUCUUCUGUUUCUCAUGAAGGUGUAAAAGUCACUGGAUUCCAGAUGGAGCAUUAGUGUCUGUGGACUCUAUUAAAUUUCUGUAUUAAAUCUGAAAUGUUUGCAGCUUGUUCUCUUUUGUACAGCUGUCACCUUUGGGUGCCUCCACAGAAGGACUGACAUUUGCUAAGUGCCACAAGGUGCUGUUGGACGUGGCUUUGAUGGGCUGUGGGGACUCUGGUUUGUAUUAGAUAGAAAAGUGUUUGUGUAGCAAUGGAAGGAACAAGGCAGUGAAGCAGUGAGAGCAAAAGGAAAGUGUUGCAUGCUGAGGGGAUGGAGCAAUGUGGAGAUCCCAUGGGACAAUGGGAUGGACAGAGGCCAGCACAAGUGUUCAGGUAUGGGCUCAAGCAUUUGUGGGGAGGGGGAAUCCAGAGGGGUUUUCUUGCUUGGCAUUUGCAUCCUAGAGGAGUGACUGCAGACCCAGCCUUUGCCACCGCUGUCACAGACCAUUGUCCCAUCUAAGUUAAAUGUACUUAAUUUAUUAGUGUCUUCAUUUAUUAUUUUUUUAAUUGCCUGUUGUAGGUGUAUCCAUGUGGAUUGAUUAGACAUGUUAUACUGUGGCUGAAUAUGACUGUUCAAAGUAAAUAGCAUCUUGGUAUAAAA